CAUAUCCUCAAGAGCAGUGGUGGCGUCUCUGUAAUUAUAACAACAGCAAAAAUGUUAAAGUUUUUGGUUUUCUUGGUUUUGUGUAACACUGAUGCACUUUCUUUUCUGAUUGAUUAUCCUUCAACAAAAAUGUUAACAAUUAAUGAAACGAAUUCGUAUUUUGGAUAUUCCAUCCUUCUGCAAAAGGGAAAUCGAGGCGUUGCAAUUAUUGGAGCACCAAGGAAAAGGCAUGGCAGUGAAGUUAGAGGGUCCGUAUUUAAAUGCGAUUUACUUUAUUUGCGCUGUAGUGAAUAUAGCAGGAUUAUGAAGGAAAAAGGCAUAUACCCUCGUAAUCGUACUGGAGAUUUUUUAGGGUCAGUUUUAGAUGGAGAUGAAAUUACUGGAGGAAAAUUCUUUACAUGUGCCCCUAAAUUUAUCAUAGAUUACCGCGGAGAUUAUUACCUUAACGGAAGAUGCUUUUAUGUUAGCAGUUCCUCCGUUACAAACGAAGUAGCCAGAACAGUACUACCUCUGAAUUCGGAACGUCAAAUUUCUUCUGCUCCUAAUCUAUAUUAUGAUGCUGCCUUUGGUGAAUCGGGUUUCGACAUUGCUUAUAUAAAAGAUAAAAAUAUAUUACUGACGGGAGCUCCUGGAAAAUCUCAGUGGAAUGGUGCACUGGUUCGAACUAGUUUGGUUUCUUACACAAGCAAAGUAUUUUCUAAUGAACGCGAGUGGGACCCAGACAGCUUUUUUGGAUAUGCAGUGGCAUGGGGUAAAUUUAUCAUAAAUUCUCCAACUAUAUGGUACGUGUCUGGUAGUCCUCGAGCAACGGAGCUAAAAGGAAAAGUGGUUUUCUAUGAAGAAAAUAGGCGUUUGAAAAACACUUACUUAUUAGGGGAACAAUAUGGAUCAUAUUUCGGUGCGUCCUUGUUGGUGAUUCAUAAAAACCAAGGAGGAGACGACAUUUUGGUUGGCGCUCCACUAUAUCCUGGAAAUUCUUGGGACGAAGGUUGCGUUUAUUAUUAUAAAAAUAGAAACGAUGGCACAUUUUAUCCACCGAUUAAAUUAUCAAAUAAAAAAUCUGCGUCGAGAUUUGGUACUACUUUAGCGAAAACUGGUGACAUGGAUUUGGACGGGUUUACUGACUGCGCAAUUGCUGCACCAUAUGAAGACGACGGUGUAGGAGCUGUUUAUAUAUAUUUUGGAACACACACCGGAUUUGUUAAUGACCAGUUUCUCCGUAUUAGUCCUUCAGAUUUUGCAACGGUUUAUCCUAAAACUGUUAUCAAGGGUUUUGGUGUGGGUAUUUCCAAUGGCAAUGACAUAAACAACGAUAAACAUAAUGAUCUCGCAAUUGGCGCUUACCAAAGCGGACAAGUCUUUUAUUUCACCACGAAACAAAUUUUCGAUGUUACAAUGAAUAUGACGUCCAGUAUGAAAAUAUUGUACACUUCGACCACAAAUUUCUCAGUAACUUACUGCAUUAAGUUCACAUUUCGAAACGGAGACAGAAAUAAGAUGUUGUCUUUUUUCACUCGAGUGAUAUUGGACGACGACAGAAUUUUAAAUAGGCAAAAUAUCACUAAAAUUACCACCACGAAAGCACAUGAUGUUCAUUGUACGACUCAAGAAGUACUUCUAAAAAAAGAUCAUUUAAAUGUGGACCCACUUAUUAUUCCUUACGGAUACAGAUUAGAUGAAUCUCAGGACCAGUUGACAGAAGACACUUUUAGCGUCCCGGUUUCUUAUGAAUGUGGUGAAGACAAUAUAUGCCAGACAAAUCUGACUAUAAAAUCACUAGGAACCAGUGUAUCAAAAGUUAUUUUUGGAAUAAAUAACGAAGCUAAAGUGAAUGUCGAAGUUUCCAAUUUCGGUGAAUCAGCUUAUCAAACCAAAUUGUAUUUGAAGGUCCUGCCGGAAGUGAGCUUGAUUAAUCUGAGGGAAUGUGAUUUCGAGAACGGAAGUUAUGUGUGUUUAGUCGCUCGGGUGUUAAACGGAAAAGUUAAAAAAAGUUUCUUGUUUGACUUGGCAAAUCUGACACCCAACUAUAAAGAAAUACCAAUUCAUUUUAAAGUGGAAAGCGUUGGAAACGAUGCAGACUUGUCUGACAAUGAGCUACAAGUAACCAUUCCUGUUAAUUUUCAAAAUAAUCCUUACUUAGACAGUCGAUCGCUGCCCGAGAAAGUCUUCCUUAACAAAUCAGAAGAGAUUUUAAAAAUUACACACACGUUUUUAGUGGGUAAUCAAGGCCCGAGUCCACUAAAUCUCAGUUUAACUAUACUUGUUCCACAAGUAAACGUAUCAGGAAUUGAUAUCCUUGAAAUCAAAAGCACCGACGGUACCGUAAAUGGCAUCGAAAGUGAUUGUAAGUUUUCUAAGAAAGAAGUUUUAAAUGCAACAAACAUAGUGAAGUUGCAAGUAGAAAAUGAUACGAAAGUUCUAAGUUGUGUGGAAUCUUUACAAAAUUGUGUUAGCAUUGUAUGCAAAGGAGCUUAUGUGCCAAAAUCUAACAAAAAUGCAGCUUUUACUUUAAAACUGACAUUGCAUAUUAAACCAACAGUGAAAUUUCUGGACAAUGUAAAUAAGUUAGUCUUGAUGUCAAGUGCUCUAUUUAGCAACGACACAACGCAGUUUUAUACAACUGCUUCGACAUACCUUUAUACUGUACCUAAUAUCAUAAUCAGUAUGCCUUUAUGGAUCUAUCUAGUUUCUGUUAUUGUAGGAGUCAUCUUGUUGAUGUUACUAAUUUUUACUUUAUAUAAAUGUAACUUUUUCAAACGCACUUAUAAAGAAAUGAUCGAGAAUGAACAGACACCAGAAAAUAUGGAACAAAGGGAGAUAUUACAAGAGGAAGAGGAACAGGAAAUAUAGACUUUUGUUUCUUGGAAUUGUUAUCGAAUGAAGUAUUCAUAAAUAGAGAGCGAUGUGGUUCUAAUUAUUUUUUUAAACGUACGCUAGAUGGCAACUUUAGAAAUUAUUAUAUGGCGAUCACAAUAUGAAUAAAAUACUCAUUUUUUU